CGACAACAGAUAUGGCGGGCUUGUGAGUGUCGUUCGUUUGGAAGGUCAAGAUGAUGGUAUGGAGGCAUUCAUAGCCAGACUUGCUGUUUAUGACUGGACGGGUCUUAGGAGAUUAUUCUCUUCGGUUGUUUUUCAUCUGAGUGCUUUGCCUAGCAGCACUAAUGUCUUGAUCCUGAUUUUUUCAAUAAUUUUACUGAUAUCUGUGACUGCUUAUUCCUUCCGGAAAGUCCAACCAAAAAAGUUAGAUAAACGCUAUACGAAUAGUCCAGGAAAUGGUUUUUGGCCUGAAUACGAGAAUGUGGAUACUUCGCACCUUCUUCGGCUAUAUAAAUCAAACAACUUUACAGCUUCAAUGUUCUGUAACUUUUGGUUGGCAAAAGUGAAUGAUUAUUUAAAUGAUGCCCUGGGAAAAGGACGCAUUCAUCUGAAUCCCGUAUCAGAAUGUACAUUGUCUGACGUAAAAGUUUCGGAUUUUGAAAUUCAUCAUGAAGAUUCCCCCGGAUCUUUGACUUUGUAUUUUUCUGUUUCCAUUCCAAUGCUUUGCAUGUAUGCGGACUUCGUCAGCAAGGAAAAUGAAUUGUCUCAGAAAAUAACACUGUCAUUGAAAAAUUACUUUAUGAAGAUGUCCUGUAAGGUGCAGUUUAACGAAAUUGUGCUUUUGAGGUUGAGAAUGUGUGCUACAUCAGCACCUCAGUUUGAUCUGACCACGGAUACGUCACUACCCAUGUCUUUAUGUUAUCUUAAGAAGUUACUUGCCAACAUAAUUUCAAAGGUAAAUGUAUCGUGGUCACCGGACGAUCAUUUACAACAAGUCUCAAGUCGUAAGGAUGCAUCAUUUCACACGGCGAAUGCCUUACCCCAUAAGGUCGGAGAUACUCCAUUACACCACGAACCACAAAAUGAUGCAAAUCGUACGGAAACAUAUCACAGCUGGAUCAAUCUACCAGUGAAAACACUAUCAUGCGAAUUAAACAAUCUAGAAUCUACCAAUCAAAACCAACCCAAGAAUGUAAACCAUCAUGACACUGAGCGGGGUGCUGAAGUGAAAUCUGUGGUUGUAGAAGACGGAAGUUCUUUGUCACUAGCUCAUAAAGGCCAAUCUUCCCCAGUUGUGCUUGCCCAUAAUGCUCGUUUACGCCAAUCUUUAGUAGCUCGUCAAGCUCCACGACCGUUUAGGUGUAAAAUGGUCAGAUCAGCAUCUUGUUAUGGAGAAGAGUGUGCUGCUAGCUUGUUACAAGAGCAGGAGCUUGAAUUUGUUAAUGACUUGAACUUUCAAAACAUAGGAUUAAAGAAAAUGGGACCUAAAGUUCAGAUACAAAAGGAAGCCGAUUCUGCAUUCUCCAACGAACAAGAUGUAGUUGAAUCAGAUGCAACAAAAAAGAGGGAGGUUGAAGACUCAAAUCCCCAUGCCACCAAGCAAUACGAGUUGCUACAGCAAUUUCAACACUCCCCUCCAAUGCGCAAAUCAAAUAUCAGUGUGGAUGUGUCACCUUUGAGAGAAAGAAUGGCAAACAAUCUCGCAUCGAAAAAGCUAUUGGUCAAAGUGGUUAAGGCUGAGGAACUGUCAGUAAAAAGUCUUUCGGGGGCAUACUGUGUGGUGGAAUUGGAUGAGCCGUACCAAAGACAUUCAACUCAUUGUUCAGUGUCAGGGCAAUUGUUUUGGGACCAACACUUGCUUUUUGAUCUGAACAAUAACUCCAAACGUAUUGCACUCGAAGUUUUUGAACUGGGUAAAAGAAAAAAAUCAUAUUCACGAGGUCGUGCAGAAUUAUUAUUGACUCAUCUACUAACCAACCCUAAUGGUGAUGGAGAUGUGGAAACAAAUUCGUUUAAUAUAAGUGAUACAAUACGACGUCAGAUACCACUCAUUGAUCGAUCAAGCAAUUCGGCGGAUAACGCUAGUGCGAACAGUGCUGUUACUUCCGGUGCCGUCCAGUCGAUUGUAGGUGGUAACAGUCUUUCUACAGCUGCAAAUCAAACCACAUCUGCCAAUACAAAUAUAGUUGGUCAGCUGGGUAUGAAUGCAAUUAGCAGUAUUACAGCAGAGUUCAAUUUUAUGGAAAAAGCUACUGAAGAUAUCCGUUCACGUCCAUCUCCUAGUUGUGUUCAAAUACAACGUGUUCAUUCUUCAAAGGUCUUGCAAUCUGAAGGUAUAUUUAAUAUCAGCCAAGAUCAUCAAUCAGCAAACCAAAGUGGUGCUUUUUCACAUUCCCCUUCAUUAGAGUUUUCAAAUAUCAAAUCGACUUCUUCGAUGCAUAAUAAGAUCAUAAGUGAACAUGUGAUGCACUCUGUAACGGAACAUCUGCAGACAGAUUCUGGAGAAGAAGUUGACAGUUCUAAAGGUGGGGAUGCUGUAAAAAUGUCGUUUAAAGAUAAAGCUAGUGAAACAAAACUUGGUACAUCUGUAAAAACUGGAAAUGUUUCUUCUCCACUUUCUAGUCGAAGAACUCGUGGUGAGUUACUUUUUAUUCACAGCGUUGAUGAAGAACAUCCUACUACACCAUCUCCGUUGAUAUAUGAUACAACAAAGCUUUCAGAAACAAGCUCUGAUGGUCAUGACUCCUCAUGUGAUUUGAAUGAACUGUGUAAAGAAUUAAUUCCUUCUGAUGCACAACACACAAACGAAGGAUCUGCAGAAUCAGACACUCAUUUCAAAUCACCAGGCACUACUUCAGAUGAUCCCACAAUACUAUUUGGAAGUAAAACAGAUUCAAAAGAAAAUGAUGGUUUACGAAAGCGCUCAGCCCUACUAGGUUCUACCGCAACAAAUUCUACGAAUAACUUAGAUCUGUUGAGUGAUUUGCAAAGAGUCGAUUCUCCAGUAAGCUUAGGUAGCCCAGCUGUAACAUCAAGAGCUCAUUCGCUUGCCAGUCGCUUAAAGUCAACUCGUAUUUUAAGUUCAGGCGUCCUGCGUUCUGGAAAGCGUGGAGCAAUGGAUGAACCGAUAGGCAGUUGUAGCAAUGUCAGCUCUUUGGCCCUACUUGGUCCUUCACGUCAACUUGCUGGUGUUGUGGCAGGUUUAAGUUCGCUGGCUUCAGAUUCUGCAGCAGCACCUACUGCAGCUGCUCUUGCCUCUGCUAUGGCUGUUGUUGGAGCGACUGGUAAUUGGCAACCUCAGUUAACCGUUGAUUCAGAUUCUGCGCACUUUUCUGGUUCUGCAGUCCUUUCAGAUUUAUCGUCCCGAAGAGACAGUAAAGUAGAAAUAUCCGAUGAUCCUCCUUCUGUGCAACCCCUCAGUACAUCGUCUUUCGGCCCACCUGUACAUUUUGUACCACCACCUGCUUAUAUUGCUACUGAUAGUCCUGGCACGUUUAUGGCAUUAAGUCAGCCACGUCGUUCAGAUGCUUCUAAUUUAAGCCUUUUCAGAAUAUUUCGUCAUAAAAAGAAGCGAUUUCGAUCCGUUGGUGCGGAAAAGUUAAUCUAUUGGGAGACGAAUAAUUUUGAUGACUUAGAUGCCAUCUCUACAGAAGGUUAUCAUCGUAUACUUCAAGAUGACUGUGAGAAAAACAGUACUGAUCAAUUUCCAGGAAAGUAGUCAUUAAGUGAGUUUACCUCACAUGGCAGUUCGUUCGAUGCAGAAAAAGGAAUAUAGCCGCUAUCCAUCUUUCCAUGGCUACUUUUCAGAAGCGGUCAAUUUAUACCACAUGACAGUUUCGGCUGCUUCCUGAAAACCAUUUCAACAAAAAUAUAUAUACAUUACUAACUUCUUUAUUUCUAUGUAAUACAUGUAACUCAAAUCAAAGAUCAAAAAUAAUAUAUAUAUAUAUAUAUAUAUAUAUAUAUAUAUAUAUAUAUAUAUAUAUAUAUAUAUAUCUUUAAAGCGUAUGCCAACUGCUGUUAACCUUUUCCUUGUUAAUAUUGAAAUAUUGGUUACGUCAGAUAUCUACGUAUACCGAAUUGGUUGUUUUAAACAAAUUAAACAAAGAAGUAUAUAUUAAUGUGCAUUAAUUUUCAGUAAUUAUUCUUUUAUUGUUUUCCCUUUAAAUAGUAAUCAAAUUUAUCCAAACAUUGAUUUAAUAUUGGAUU